UUUAUUGUCGUCCCUGCGAAGUAGCAGCAGCAGCAAGCAGGCAAUGGGCAUCGAGAACCCAAAAAAUCUUAACAGCUUCUUUCCUCAUCAUUAUGCUCCUCAUUUAAUCACCAAUCAGAUUCAGACCCGAGAUCGGGGAGAGGAAGAUGUGAGAUUCGAUUCUGCUUGCUCUGAAUAAUUGGUGCAGAAUAAUCAAUGGCUUUUUCUUGAUUCCUUUCUGCAGCUUUCUGAGUCUAGAACCUGUGUUUUGUUUUGUACUCCAUGAUUCCGCCAUUGACGCAACCUCCAUCACUCUCGUCUCUCUCGAUUCGGGCAACUAUUUAGUGUGCAUACACAUAUACACAUGCACGCACACACGCACGCAUGUUCUGAUUCCGAGUUUCUAAGCUGUUAAUUCUUCUCUGUUCGAGCUUGGUUAGUAGAAUGUUAACUUGCAUAGCAUGCCCGAAGCUCAACACCGCCGGAUCUCUGCGCGAGCCGACGGAGGACGAUGAGAAUGGCGCCACUCCGUCCACCAAGCAAGCUAUUAAAGCCCUAACUUCGCAGAUCAAGGACAUAGCAGUGAAGGCCUCCGGUGCCUGUAAGACCUGCAAAUCGUGUUCGUGUUCGUCGCGGCAGAAUCGAGGCGGAGACUACUUGGACUCAGACGCUGCCUCAGUUUCCGAGAGGUUCUUCGGGCCGUACAGAAGGACAGGCACCUCUACACCGAAGAAGGAAAUGGGAACCGCGAAGCUGAAGGCGUUUUCCAGUGGAUCAUCCACCCCUGCUUCGAUCAGCGGUAGGACUGAGUCGAUUUUGUUUAUGGAAGAAGACGAGCCGAAGGAAUGGGUAGCGCAGGUUGAGCCUGGGGUGUUGAUUACAUUCGUUUCAAUGCCAAAAGGUGGGAAUGAUCUGAAGAGGAUUCGUUUCAGCCGAGAGGUCUUUAACAAGUGGCAAGCUCAACAGUGGUGGGCUGAGAACCAUGACAGAGUUAUGGAACUAUACAAUGUCCAGAGAUUUAAUCACCCUGCAGUGCCUCUUCCCACCCCGCCCCAUUCUGAAGGCGAGAACUCAAAGCUUGAAUCAACUGAGGAUUGUGCCACAACGCCUCCAUUGAAUACAGAGCAUUGGAACCAUGGCAGCUGUUGCCCUACUGGAAUUGGAGACUCAUCCUUAGACUCAAUCAAGCGCCAUCCAUUGCAGCCUUGCCACCAUCAUUGCUCGGUUGGCCUCAGUUCAACUUCCGAGCCCUCCUAUGCCAAUGCUGCGAAAGCUGAGGCAUCAUUCGUUGAUGGUUCAGCACGAUCAAGCUCUUCGUCAAGGGGCAUAGACCACUCUGGAGAACUUUCAGUGAGCAAUGCUAGCGAUGGAGAGAGUGAAUGGGUUGAGCAAGACGAGCCUGGAGUCUACAUCACAAUCAGAUCCUUGCCAAGUGGUGCUCGGGAGCUUAGGAGAGUGCGAUUCAGUCGCGAAAGAUUUGGUGAAAUGCAAGCACGGUCGUGGUGGGAUGAAAACAAAGCUCGGAUACAACAGCAGUACCUGUGAACCUAAAUUCAUCAUCAUCUCUUUAUACAGCAUGGUCUCUGAGCAGAGGAUCGAAAUCAUUUGUGAAGUGUUUGUCAAGUGACUGCAAACUAUGGUGUGUUAAAUUACAUUAUCAUCAUCAUCCAAAUCUUUUAAGGUGCAUUUUACACCUUAAUUUCGUUGUUUGAUAAUCUCAUCGCCUUGGU